AUGGCUCUCCGGCCGUGCAAGGUGCUCAUCGCAGGUUGGGGGAUCGUUGGUCUCGCCUUUGCCAUCGUGAUGGAAAUGAUUGGUGUGGACUACUUCUUGUUAGAAGCAUACUCGGCAAUUGUGACUGAAGUUGGGGCUGGUAUCUGCCUGAUGCCCAACGGCGUCCGAGUCCUUGAUCAGCUGGGCUGCUAUGAGGAUCUACUUAGUUCCAACAUCACUGAACUUUUAAGUGUGGGCUUUCGAAACACAGACGGAGAGCCCCUGGCCCCGUCGCUAGAUGGAUCCGUCAUAACUGAGAGGUAUUCUAUCCUGCCUCUCCUCUGUAUACGGAUGUUCUGGUCUUGGGUGGAUCAUCAGAUGCUGCUCGAUGUUCUUUAUAAUAGGAUAUCAGACAAGUUCAAGGGGGUGUCUCAAAAAUGCGUCGCGAGGGUCAGCCAUGCCGAGGACCAUGUCGAGGUCACCGCAUCUGAUGGAUCGACUUUUCGCGGUGACAUCCUUGUUGGAGCAGAUGGGACACACUCCCGCCUGGGAAUCCAGGAUUAUGACGAAGAUACUAUCACCGCAACAUACGCGGGAAUAUCAGGUACAUCUACAGAGGCUCCCGGAGUCCCCACGGGCUGUCUUAGUUUUGUCACGAACAAGCACUUCUCGUAUAUUAUCGAGAAGGAAGCGCUUCUUCGGGAACACGCGAAUGACAAUAUCACGUCUACCGUGCGAUUCGAUGAUCUUUACAAAAGCAAAAUCAGGGCAAUACAAACACCUCUGGCAGCAUUAGCCAAUAAUCCCGUGGCAGUCUUAUCUCAGUCGUCGUCUUUGGGCGCGCCGUUGACCGCUGAACUCCCCGCCGUCUUUCAGCAGGUUCAGGACCUGCGCGUCCCGCGAGUGUCACAGGUGGUCCAGCUGUCCCGUCAUCGGCAGCAGUUGGAUGGUCUGGAGACCCCAGGACUAAGUGACUUUAUGUUGUACAAUUUCUCAAAGUUGCCCCCCGGCGCGUUGUUGCAGCGAUGGGACGAGACAUGA